AUGGAUGGUCGAGGGUUUUCACAAGGUUCGUCUGGUGAUGGCUGGGCGCUCAAUGACGGUGAUUCAGGGAGAACGUGGAACGGGGACUACGGAUUUGACAGCGGCGACCGGAGGCUGGCCUUCUCUCGGCAGGCCUCCUUUCGUCCGGCCGACGCCUCCACUCCGAGGUCUUCGGAGGGAAGGGACUCCAUAAGACCUUUCUUUGCCCGGAACAGUUCCAGUAUCGGUAUUCCGUCGGAUAUGUACUCGCCGGUUGGAGGCGAGGACGUUGGGCGAUCGUACCGGAAGUCGUCGUUCGGGGAAGAAAGACCUCGGCAUCAGAAGUUUAGUUUUCCCAUUCUCGCGCUGACAGUAUUGAGGUCUAUUAGAUCGGGAAAUCGGCUGAUGAAGCGUCUGUCUCUGAUGAUCUUCCUGAACAUGGCUUAUUCCACGGCGGAACUACUGAUCGGAAUCCUCAGCGGCCGUGUGGGUGAGUGAAAGUUGAUUUCUCCUCCUCUACUAGUUUUCCUGCCUUUCAUCUGUCGAGUAAGUGUGGCUGAGGAAAUCUGUUCAAUGUACGAUGCGCCGUUGUUGUCGUUUCCCAUCAUUUAUGGAAAUGUGCUCAUUUGUAGGAAGACUCUUCCACACAAGCUUAUGUUCAUAUUUCCCCCCCAUCUUAUCGAUCUAUGAAAAUUUAUUAGAACCUUCCUGGAAACUUGUACUUGGAGAAACUUUUCUGAUGAUCGAAUAGAGUUAAGUCUAACAAAUACGACCUGAGAGGUUGAAAUGUGCGAGCUUGGAAAAAUUUUGUGACUUGUUGUUGACAUAAAAAUCUCGAUCUAUGUUUUUGCCUCACCGGUGCCUGGCAUCACAUUUUUCCCCUGUGGGUAUUUCCUUCGCUGCUGGCCAUGUCCAGUUUUAUUUUAUUUUUUCUUCUACCUCUUGGCGAAGUUACUCGACCUAACGAUUGGAUUAAACUGCCACGCCCUUUGACAUCCGAAGUCACAGAAUGUCUUAUGAAUCGAAGAUGUCAUCCUAUUUCUGCAAAAGACCCCCUGUAACUCAUCAGAUAAACCUCCUUAUAUCUUUGAGAACUCGAUGCAUCCGAGAGAAUUUUGGUGGCAAAGGCGGAUCAGAGGUCCAUUGCCUCCCAGAAUCUUUAAGAGUUCCCAUACUCCCUGCAUGACAUUCCAUUCGAAGUGGAAAAAGUCAGAAUCGCAGGUACUCUUUAUGGUAUCCCCUGGAUUCCAUUCGACUGAGUGGGCAGAAGUCGACUUAACGCACCAAUAUUUCUGGUAAUGGAAGCUGAAAAUGUCUCACCCUAUUUAAGUUGCUGUAGGAAUUCAGCUAGAGAAGAAAGUUUUAUUAUAAUCCGCUAUUUUCACCAAGCCCACCUCUAACUCACUUUCUUUUCUGCAACAUGCACCCCAAUUGACAAAGCAAAAUCAUUUGUCUUUCUGUGUUGGCCCCUUCCCCAAAAAAGAGAUUUCAAUCGCUUGGGUUGCUUCAUAAGGGCAGGUGGGCAUAUGCUAUUGAAAGGCUAUCAGAAGCAAUGUACCCAUACAAUUCGGGAUGCUACUAUACUUCUGGGUUAAGAUAAAUCACCCCCUUUUCCAUUUAAUUUUUCUAUACCCAAAAGUCUCCAAGGAUGCAAUUCGAUCCAUCUGUCGUAAUCCUCCCAUUUGAGAGUGACUGACGCCCCUAUUUGAAGGGACAUUUGUCUUAUUUUGCUGCCUUGAGCGACUCCAAGUUUUCUCAUGUAUUAUCUUCAAUUCCAAUCGUUGAUUUAAUUCUUUUGAGCCGUUGUGUUUCUUAUUGAUCGUCUUUUUCAAAUAGGAUUCUACCGUUUCCUAAACUCGCUUCAAAUUAUUCAACGAAAUUAUGCUAGAUAAAUCUAUCUUUUCUGAAGGCUCUUCAGUUGUCAUCUGCCAAUUUGAGUAAGGCGCUUUUGUUUCUAUUGCCCAAUAUCUUUGUUCUAAUCUUCUACUAAAUGGUGAAAUACUAGUAUGGCUUAUCACUGAACCUCAUUGGUUCAGGUAGAAUCAAAUUGUUCAAUAGAACGUUAAUCCUCAAUUCAUUGACAACCUUCAGCAUCUCUUCUGUGAUAAUAUCCCAAAUAUAUUGGUAGACGCUUUUAGAGUACCCAUCAGGACUAGGAGUUUUUUUGGUAUCCAUAAUGAAGGUUUUUUCCUUGAUCUUUUCUUCAAUUUACUCUGUCCUUGUUGUUCAUCAUAGGGGAGUACCUCCCUCCAUUUCUGUUCGCUUUGCAUCCUCUUCUUGGAGCAAUUCCUCGUUAAGCUUCAUAAACGGGCCUGAUAGCUACUCUCACAAUCUCUGUUCCAUGGCAUAUUCGAUUUAUUGUCAGCAACUUCCUGGUUUUGAGAAAAACGAGAAAGUUGUGCAAGUCUCCUUCUUUCAACAUAUUUUCGUUGGCUCUUUCUUUUUGUUCUACAUCUUCUCUAGUCAUCACGUUAUGUUUAAACGAGAUGAUGACCAUUCUACCUUGACAACAUAUCCAUUUCUUCUUUAAGACUAUUUUUUUCUGGCUUUUUUGUUGGUUAUCUGUCAUUUACAUGUAUGGCUAUCUGGAGUUUUCGUUAUGCGCUUAAGCAGGAUUAAAUUUGAAUAGUUGUACAUUCCAACUAUGAUCCAACACAUAAUCAUGUUUCAAGCUUUCUUAUCAGCUAAGCAUUGUGCAUAAUAUGCUUAGCUUUCCUAUCUGUAACUCAGAAAUUUAUGGUUGCUUUUCAGUCUUCACUUAAGACGAUUUCUGUAGUCUUCUUGUAAUCCUGUAUAGACAAUCUUGUCUGACUGAUAUUUGUUUUUGCAGGCUUGGUUUCGGAUGCCUUCCAUUUGACAUUUGGUUGUGGUCUUCUCACGUUCUCUCUUUUUGCAAUGGCUGCAUCCAACAGGAAAGCUGAUGGAUCUUACACCUAUGGGUAUGCAUAUAAUAUUUUCCAUGCCAUCUUUGAUGAAUGCUGGCUUUACUCCAACAACAAUCACAGGGAUAAUUGUCUUGGCUGGGAAAAAUGCGUAGGCCAUAGUUCUCAUGUUAAUCUCUUUAAGAUAACCUUUAGCGUGUUUAAGAAAAGAAAAUGCCGGAAUUCAAACUGCAGAAUACAUAACGAUCUUGAAAGUAUCUCUUCCAGCCAAAGUCACUCACAGAUGUGUGGAUGUUGGCUUGCAAACAAAAAAGUGUUCUAUAAAAUAUGUUGCUGAGAUAAUCAUUGUCCUUGCCCAGAAAUUUCUCCCACUUACGCCAUCUCUUCCUGCCUCACUUGCAUCUCUCUUUGAUUAAUACUAUUCUAAGGUAGGAUUGAUAUUUCUCAGAAAACUUGUCAGCUGACUCAGAAAAAGAUCUUCCUACUCUUGUCUAAACCCUGUCGGAGAGACGGGAUUAGGAGGAAAUAGGAUGAGCUUGCUUAUUUUAAAAUAAGGGGUGUUUUUUCCGUCAUAUUGCUUUCAACUUUACUAAUCAUCGCGGGAUAAUCAGUCCUUCAUUCAUCUAUUUUUUUUGCAAAUAUCGUUGGAAAUGGGUGGUGCCGCUUUACUGAUACGGAAAUGGGUGCUUUCCUUAUGCUGUCUCUCUUGUGCAUCAAUUCCAUGAUCUUUGUCCUUAGUUAUCGGUGGUUGCAAUUCAUUGCAUGGUUUGAUGUAGACAUAAAUUUAUGUGAUGAGAAAAAGACCAUGGAGAGCUCACGUGCUUCCUUUUACAUGCAUUUCAGCUACAAAAGAUUGGAAGUUCUGGCUGCCUUUACAAAUGCUGUACGUAUCUUUGCCCUAAUUUUGGUCAUGGUUGAAAGCAGUGAGAAAUCACGCAUGUCUUAAACAGGCCUCUGUCCAUCGCAUUGGUGUAUGCAUAACUCGAGCUAAUAUACCAAUAUGUCCAAGGUUUUUCAAUACAUUAAUUGGAUUACUCGUGCUUAUCAUGAAUCCAGUUGAAUAUGCUUCUCGAAUUCUCGCACGUACUUUCCUUUCUUUUUUUUUUCUUGUUAUUUGAACCUCUGUCUCUCUAAAAGCUCGUGCUCAGUCAGCACGUGUUUAUUAAUUUAUUUCAAAGAGGAACCUAUGUUUCUCGCUUUCUUCUUGUUAACCUUUGAGCUUGUCCUGAGUCAGCACGUAGUUGUUUUUUUUUUAAAAAGAGCAAUCUAUGUUUCUCCUCUGCUUCUUGUUAGCUUUUGACCUUUUAUGAAGACUUGCUACCCACCCUGAAUUCCAUCUCAUCUGGGCUAAUAUCUUCCCAUGAUGCCACCAUUGCUAUGCAUGUAGGCAGCUCUUUCUACUGUUUCUGGCCUUUUCCUUGGCAGUGGAAGCCCUUCAUGCUUUCAUUCAAGAUGAAUCUGAGCACAAGUAAGUCAACUUCUUCCAUGGGAUCCAUUCCGGGCAGGCUUUUCAUCAGUUAUAUCGAACGUAUUAUACUAAAAUAACAAUCACCAUUUGUCUUUAGGCACUACUUGAUCGUUUCAGCCGUAACAAAUCUUCUCGUAAAUUUGCUCGGCGUGUGGUUUUUUCGGAGUUAUGCGCGGGUCUACCUCAGUAAGCUCCUCUGCCGUCCUUUCACCAUUCCAUCUGCCUGUUCCGAAGAUCAUCGGUGCCAGCAUUCCAUCUGCAGCUUACAGGAACGCCGAAGACAUGAACCACCACUCAGUCUUUCUUCAUGUCCUCGCCGAUUCUAUCCGAAGGUAUUGAAUCCCGACAAUGGAUUCCUCUGGGCUCCUUUCAAUCUCCUUUUCCUCUCAAAAUCUCCUCGUGAAGAGCUAAUGCCUUUGCCACUUCCCACAUCAGUGCAGGCUUGCUCCUCGCAUCAUGGUUUCUGACGCUCGGGUAGCUACUCUUUGCCUCUCUCUCCUCGAAUUAUAUAAUAUCGAAUGUCUAUAGAUAGCUUGAGCUACAUGCUUCUCUCCCUGCCAGUGUUGAGAACGCAGAGGUCUUGUGCCUGGGAUUGGUCUCUGUCGCCAUUUUCAUGGUGGCCAUGCCGCUCUUCAGGGCAACUGGGGGGAUCCUGCUGCAAGCGGCGCCAGCCACGGUGCCGCCCUCUGCGUUGAAUAAAUGCUGGAGACAAGUUAGUUAUCGCACAAAGUCCUGUGAUCUUUAUAUCUUAAUUAUCAUAUUCCGCGAGCAUAAAUACGCAUCGGCCUGCUGUUCCUCCAGAUAUCCGCUCGAGAGGAUGUUUUAGAGAUCUCUCGAGCCCGCUUUUGGGAAUUGGUUCCUGGCCACGUCGUUGGAUCGCUCUCAAUAAGGGUGAAUUUUUUAAAACGCUUUAUUUAUUUAUUUGUUUAUUAGUUCAUUCAAAUGAUAAUUAAAAUGGAAAUGGACGUAUACUGCCCCUGGCCCGAGCUUUAUAUUUAUAUAAAAAAAUCUUUUUUUAUAAUAUCAGCGAUUUAAAUUCCCUGCGGCUUCAUGUUGAUAAUUGUGUAUGAUCUCUGGUGCUUCAGAUGAAGGAAGGUGCUGAUGAUGCCCCGGUUCUUCAGUUCGCGCGCAGCUUGUAUCAUGACUUGGGAAUUCAUGACUUGGCGAUCCAGACGCUGGGCUGA